AUGUCCGGAUGUCCCCGGAUCCCGCGAUGCCGCACCUGUUUUGGUGCCUGUCUUGUGGAUGCGGGUGCUAAGGCGAAGGAGGCGGAGGCCGGGACCGGGAGGUUGUCCUUGAUCACUAACCUUGAUCACCAUGAAUCAUCACUGAACCAUGAGCAUGGGUCCCGAUGCACUCCCGUCGCCAUGUCGGGCGUGGCUACGGACACGGUUACCGAGACAACUAUUGAGUCUGCACCCCAGCGGCACCUCACCGGUGCGAAGGCUGCCUCUUGGGGUCACCUACCCCGGAAAGACCAGCUUAUCGUCAUCACUCUCGCUCUCGCUAGGUUGAGUGAACCGCUUAUCCAGACCUCUCUUCAGUGGUUCAAGCCCGACCUUCCUGACUCGACUAUUGCCGGCCAGGCUGGCAUUCUUCACGACAUGUUAGCGGUCGCCGUUGCGGACCUGCAAUUCCAAAUCAGUGCCAGUUUUACAGCUGCCCAAUCUCUUACCGCUAUGCUGUGGGGGAUUAGUGAAACCGUCAAGGAGGAGAAACACCAGUCCAGGGCCUUUCUGCUACUUCCUAUGACUUUCAACAUUGGCAUCAUUGUUGGUCCUAUACUGGGCGGUCUUCUUUCAGACCCUGCGGGAACCUAUCCUGACAGGUUUGGCAAAAUCAACUUCUUUACACACCGCCCAUAUGCUGCUCCAAAGAUUCUGUCGGCGACGCUAGACUCGGGUGCAAUGGUGCGGGACAGAGGCCUGGAACUGGGGCAGAAGCUUCGGAGAUGUUUUUCUCGCGGUGACACGGAGGCGUUCUGUGCACCACUGGCAUCCACAGACUCAAGUGCCGAGCUGGAGCUUGGUUCUGCAAUCGAAGAAAGGAAGUCCUCAGUCAAGCCGACGUACGGUGCUGCUGGGAAGCAUCAUCAGGUCCGGAGGCGAUAUACUCAGCGGCUCCCCUUCCGACGCAUCUUUACGCGAAACGUCAGCUUCACACUUGUUGCAAACUCCCUCCUUGCGUUUCACGUGGGUACCUUCAACUCGCUGUGGUUCGUCUUCCUUACCACCCCCGUGUACGACCCAACCAAAACCGCAGCCUCUCCGAAUGCUUUGCUUGGUGCCGAGCUCUUCGCCGCCGCCAAGCCCAAAGGACGGCAUUGCAGUUUGGGUGGCCAUGGCCGGACGCAGACCAUUCUAGUCAACAACUGCACUCCGCAUCCCGGUGUGCUGGGUACGGUACACGGCAUCGGGCAGAGCGUUAGCAGUUUCGCCAGAACCUUGGGACCCAUGCUUUGUGGCUUCUUGUAUGGCCUUGGCCUAAAUAUGGAUAUUGUUGGUGCAGCAUGCUUCUCAGUGUGGAAAGGUGAUGGACAUGAGAUAUGGUUAGAGGGUGACAACGAGGAUGACAUGUAG